CUCAUUCACUUUCAUCUGCAUUUGAAGUCGUUUCUCUUUUUCCUCUCAACAGACCCUUUUUCAUUUUUUAUUAUUUUAGUUUAACGUCUUAAAUCACGUCCCUGUUGAAAUUGGAUAUUGUUGUCCAUAUACCCUAUCACCAUGACAGAGACCACAGAGUUAGGACUUGAAUUGGCAACCGAGUCUCCGUCCUCACUCGCGCCCACGCCUUCUGUCAUGGAUACCACGCCUUCAUCUGAUUCUAUCUCUUCUUCUGAAACCGAAACUGAGACUCAAGUUGAAAUUGCUGCAACUACCAUGGCUGCCACAACUCCAACUUCUACUACUUCCACUACUACUUCCACUACUUCUACCACUUCUACAUCUAAUUCCAAUGAUAUUUCCACCUCUACCCCCGCUUCUACCAUUUCCUCCAUAAAGCGGAUCUCUUUCAUCACACCGCUGCCUCGUUCUUCAUAUUCUUCGUCUUCUCUUUCAAAAUCAUCAGUGGAUGCAAAGUCUGCAUUAGAAGAAGAAGAUCACGUUGCUGCAUUUAAGAGAAUGCUGGACGAUAUCCUUGAUAAUGCUGUUGCCUCCUCAGAGUCACUCACUAAAGGGCUUGAUGGUAAGGCCAGUGGUCACCUCGCUGCCUCCUCCUCUUUCCUCCAGGGCUCUUCCGCUGCUGAUAGAGCCAGAUUGAACAGAAGUACCACCCUGGGAUUCUUGCUUCCUCAACCCAAGAACCAUUUUGCGAAGCUCAAAGGUGGUCACAGUUCCCGUUCUGAUCUUUCAGAGAGUACAGUCGAUCCCAACAUCCUUCACAAGUUGGAAGAACAAAAUAAUCUUCUACUUCCACAGGAGUCCACAGCAUUCCUUUUGGCAAGACUAGAGAGACAGAAUGGAUUGCUUGAUACGGAUCCCAAAGCCGUCUGCAUCGAAUCCAACGUCCUCAAAGGAAAUCUCACUACACUCCAAAAACUCAUUACCGACUCGACAGCACUCAAUAGCCCCAACUCAGGGACUAUUGCUCCCAUGUCGUCGGGCUCCAACAUUAUGGAGCACCAGGAGGGCGAUGAGGAGAUUGACUGGGAGUUCUGGGGUAUGCUUGUUCAGGAUUAUAAUGCAGUAGCAAGUAAAUUACCACAUCUUUUGGCAGCGCGUGUGCGACAGGGUUUGCCAUCAAAGCUCCGUGGACUGAUUUGGCAAUCCAUGUCACAGGCCUCCUCAACCUACCUUGAGACAAUGUAUACUCAACUCUUAAAGGAGCAUUCGCCUUAUGAACGUAUCAUCCAACGCGACCUCGCCAGGACUUUCCCUCAAGUUGACAUGUUUAAAGAGGAAGGCGGAAAGGGUCAGGAGAGUCUUCGCAAUGUUCUCAAAGCCUAUUCUCUCUAUGAUCCUCAUGUUGGAUAUUGCCAAGGUCUUGGUUUCUUGGUUGGACCACUACUUAUGAAUAUGGACGAGAGAGAGGCAUUCUGUGUUUUCGUCCGCUUGAUGGAGACAUAUGACAUGCGAACCAUGUUUACACUGAAUAUGGAAGGACUCCAGCUUCGCCUCUACCAGUUUUCUGCACUUCUUUCCGAGCAUUUGCCUAUGCUUCAUGCCCAUCUUUCAUUCCACUCGAUUCAGGUAGCUAUGUAUGCUUCACAGUGGUUCCUCUCGCUGUUUGCCUAUACCUACCCCUUGCCACUGGUUCUCCGGGUGUAUGAUGUUGUGUUUUCGGAAGGGGCUCCUGAGACUAUUAUGCGUGUUGCUGUUGCAUUCAUGAAAAAGAAUGAAGAGAAGCUGAUGCAACUACAGGAUUUCGAGGAUUUGUUGGACGUUCUAUCCACAAAACUGUACGAUAUCUACGAGGACAAUGCAGGAGAGGUCAUUAAGGAUGCUAUGGCUCUUUCCAGUGAGAUUUCCAAGGAUAAGAUGGAUGCACUUGCUGUGGCCUAUGUCUCAGAACUAGAGGAUCAGCAAAAGCGAGCAGGAGUAGAGACUAGCAAGCGAUUCAAGGACCGAUUUGGAUCGGUAAAAUCGAGCGAUUCAGGUAGCAACAAGACCCCAGAGCCUUCAAUAAACAAGGAGAUCAAGACCAAGUUGAGCCGCGGCGCCAGUAGGCUCUCGAUUGCGGCCUCAUUUGGCUCGUCAGCUAGUUUACUCUUCAGCGGUAACAGUAGCAACGCCAAUAGUAGCAGUGAUGAGAUUGUAGAGCCAGCAAGCAGUGCCUCUCAGUCCUUCAUCUCUGCAGGCUCAGAUGCCAUGCUACUUGAGCAGAUCCAGGAUCUGGCGAAGGCACUGUCCGUUUUGCAGAAGGACCAUGCUGAGGUCACUGAGGGUUUAGUGAUGGCCAAGCUGGAGAAGACUCAGUACCUUGAGGAGAUCGAAGGCUUGCGUAAGAGAUUGCUAGAUAUGGAGCGGCAGCAAAAUCGCGCCUCCAUGAUGAGUGCUAUUUCACCCUCGGUGAUGAGUAACAGCGAUGAGACCUCAUCGGUUGCAAUGUCGUCUCCACGAACGAUCACCCAUGAGGACGGUAAAAUGAGCUGGUCAAGACAUUCACAGGAUGAAGAGAUCUUUGGCGAGGAGAUGAAGUAUUCCCCUAUGUCAUCGUUGAAUGUUAGCCAACACAACCUUGCUAACCGUCUGGCCAUGACAGAGCGUGAACUGUCGCAGGUCACAACCGAGCUUGUUCAUGCCAAGGUCUCGGUAAUGGAGGCUAUGAAUGAAGUCGAGUCACAAAAGGCCAAGACACAACAUAUACAAAACAUUCUUAUGGAUUCGAAAGAGGCUGUGGUGAUGCUCCAGGAACAGCAGAUGGUACUCCAGACCACCAAGAUGAACAUGACUAUGGAGAUUGACUCUAUUCGCCACGAACGCGAUCAGUUCGAGAAGGAAUUGAAUGUGAUGCGUCAGCAGUUCGAGGAGACCAAGCGUCUGUGGCUGGAAGGCCAAGUCGAGCGCCAAUCAUUGCAGGAAAAGGUCAAAGAGUUGGAGAUGAAUGCUGCAUUUGCAGCUUCAACAGCCAGCCUGGGUCGUGGCCGCACCCUCCGCAAGUCUAUGAAUGAUGUCGCAAUGAUGAGCCUUAUGACCUCUCGUAAUGGACCCCCUUCACCAAAAGCAUCAACGCAGAUGAUGUCUCUGUCAGAGACACCUGAGGUAAUGUCCCCAUCUAACCACGAGCCUGGUGACUCGUUAGCCCGUCGCGGUAGUAGUGAUGGACAGAGCUCGAUCCAUACCAAUAGCAACGGUCGUGAGUCGAUGUCCUCUGCGCGACCUCCAGCGAUGGUUCGUAAAGGCUGGCCUAGCGAGAAGGCUGCUAGUGUAGGUGUUGUCCCCAGUGCCCCCGCAAACUUUGGUACACGCAAGUUUACGGUUGCCAUAGAUUCAGACACUGCCAAACUGAAAAGAAGUGCAUCACAUCGUAACAGUAUCCUUGGCGCGUUGACCUUCCGUCGGUCAGAAACUUCAUAGUCUUUUUAUGUAUACAUGUAUUGCUGCUCACUCCCUACACCUUUUAGAUAACAUUUGCGUGUGGAAACACCUUUAUUAUAGCUUUUUAUACACUUGCCAUAGAC